UGUUUCCUCAGCGUCACGACUUUUACCGCUCCUCUCUUCUGCAAUGUGAUUGAGUUCACUUCCAUAGCAACCCCUCUGUCGGUAAUUACACACUGAACGGUCUGGUGACGGCGGGUCAGAGGUGUUCAGGGUUAGGUAUAGAGCCCCCUGGCUGACGUUUCUGGGUGAAUUAUAACUAAGGACAACUGAAGUACAUAAAAGUGAAGAAUGUUGGGGAAGAUUACAACAGAUCUACCUUACCUUACCAUCGAUAAUUUCGAGGACUGUCUGUCUUCUGAUGAUGUUCUGGUGCACUUCUUUAACGACUUCCUCAGUCUACCUUCGUUCCCUGAGUGUGUACAGUACAACCAGGAGACUGGUGUGUUUGAGGUGGUCAGUGAUGCAGCGGAGGCUCUGUCUAGGAGGAUCAGGUCAGCCCUGCAGUACUUUAAAUCACAACCUCUCACUGACCCAACAGAGCUGACUGCUAGACCUGUGGUGGACAACCACUACACUGUUCUGUGCUUGGACAGAGAACAGGGAGUGGAGUGGAUCCUAAAAGAAAGACUACCCUUGUUUAUUGAAAGUGACUGCUACUUCGAGUACAGGUUAGCGAAGCUGCUCUCUCAGUGGGGCCCUCAGGGCUGGAACCAGAAGAGGGAUGGUACCUCAGUCCAGCCCCCUGUCACCACAGAGCCUGUCUGUCCUUCCCCUGGGCCCGAUGACAGAGAGACCCUGAUGAAGGUCCUCUAUGUGUCACUGGGACAGGCCUCGGUAACAGACAUGUUGACAAUGGCCAAGGACAAGGACAAGCAGCUGCCUGUCUGUACCCGGUCUGUGAGAACCCCGGUGUGCUCCCUGGGCCGGGAGGGACAGAGGGGUCCGGCCUCAGCCUGCUUCUCCUGCAUCCCUGACUCAGAGUCCUACGCCCUCUCCUCCUCACUCCUCGUCUCCUUUCCUCUCUCCUCUUCGCUCCCGGACUGUCCUCUCUGCUCUUCACUUCUAGACUGGGACAAGAGACGGGGAGACCACAGCGCAGAGCAGGAGAUGAACGUCUACCUCACAGAGACAGAGGCAAAGACAGAGAUAGAGGCAGGAACUACAGAUGAGGAUCAUGGGGAACCCAAGCCCCAGAGUCCUGCCUGUUCUACCACUGAUGAGGAGAUGGUUGGUCCCCACACAGAGAGCCCCUGUGAGGGAGGUCCAGCCACCAGCCACAGCAGACUGAAGGAGCAGCAGGAGGAGGGUGACCUUGAGUUCCAUGACCUUGAGUUCUAUGAUAUCACUGCUAGUAUCCAUGGUGAUAGACAGGGCCUUGGUGACUUUAAGGACUUCUUAGAGGGAACACUAGGAGAGAAGCUUUUGCGUCUGUGGAUGGAUAUAGAGAGACUGAAGACCCUACAGGACGACAGGAGGAGAAUCAGGCAUUUGGUCCAGAUGCGUAGCUGCUACCUGCUGACCGGUGGCCAGAGCAGUCUGAAUGGUGAGCUGUUGACCAGACUGGGUCUCUCUACCUCCCCCUGCUGGAGAGAGGACAGACUGCAGAGAGUUCAGCCCCGCGUCACUGAGGCACUGCUCUGCUACUGGGGUCCCAGGUUCAUGUGGUGUUCCAGGGGUCCAAGGUUCAGGAUGAGCCAGAGAGCAGUAGAUCCUCUCAGACUGUCACUGUGGAGGAACGGACAGCUACACCCUCCCUCUGGUGUGAACCCUAACCCUCGUUACAUCAACCUCCACCCCCUCCGGCCUCACACCUCUCUACCCCGACCUACCAUCCGCCCAGACACCUCUCUACCCAGAGACAGGACCCCCACACCAGCUCACACACAGACAGGUUAUGCCAGCAGCAGUCCUGUUGUAGGGGCCUGGAGGAUGGAGAGGAUGUUACAGGCUCUAUGUGUGGACUCACAGGCCGGGUUCUACUUCACACGCUACUGUGAACGCUCUGGAAACCCGCUGUGGGAGAAUGCCGUCCACUGCUGGUGUGAUCUGCAGCAGUACCACCAGCUCUUCUACCAAGAUGGACUGGAUCCCUACAGGGUACAGAGACAGGCUCAUUUGCUGUAUUCAACCUACGUGUGCAGUGCUGCCUGUAGUAGCAUUGAGGUGGAGGAGGAGAGCAGAGAGAGGGUGUACACCUGUCUCACUCCCCCGUUUGAGGAGGAGAGCAGAGAGAGGGUGUACACCUGUCUCACUCCUGCGUUUGAGGAGCUGUUUGACUGGGUGGAGGAACACACUCUGACCCUCCUCCUGGAGCCCUGGACGCUGCUCACCACCAGGGACACAGACACCUUCCAGAAGGUGGCUGUACGGGAGGAGACUCGCCAGGUGGAGUCAGAGCCGUAUGGAGAACUGAAGACGCUGUACGAGGAGGCUGUACACAGACUGGAACAGCAUGCUGUGGCCCAGGCCUGCAGGCCCCCUCCUCCACCACUAGAGGUUGCCAGGUCUCCAUCUAUGUGGUCUGCCGUCCCAGAGAGGUACAGAGGGUACAGGUUGGGCUCUCUGCUAGGACACCGCACGGAGCUACAACACUUCACAUCCUUCCUACAAGACAACACCGCCAGUAUACACCUGGCAUGCUGGCAGGACAUAGAGAAUUACAGGAGAAUCCCCCAUAAAGACAAGGCCCAGAGAGAGGACAAGUCCAGACUCAUUAAGGACAAAUACCUCAAUAGGAAAUACUUCUUUGGGCCUGACAGUCCUGCCACCAGACAACAACAGGAGGAGGUGAUGCGUCUGGCUGGUGGCUGGGGGAGACUGCUCCAUGACCGUCUGUGUGCUCCUGUCCUGGUGGACAUUCAGAGCAUCACCAGGAACCACAUAGAAACAAGAUGGCUGCCUGUCUUCCUGACGACACCGGAGUUCAAUGAGAGACAGCAGCAGAGAGUCAGGCCUCGGGGUGAAGACGGGGUGUCCGACCAGGUCUACCAGCGACACAGGAACAAGAGAGAGGUGUGGAAGCAGGUCAAGGGGACGUGGAUGACCUCUGCAGGGGAGAUCCUGGCUCUCCGGAGGGCCCUGCUCAACCCCGUCACGUGUCAUCAGUUCCGGCGCUUCGUCUCUCUGAAGGGAGACUUCCUGGAGAAUGACAUCCUGUUCUGGCUGGAGGUCCAGAGGUAUAAGGAUCUGUGUCAUUCCCACUGUGUGGAGGCUGUAGUCCAGGACAAGGUGUCCACCAUCAUCAGCUGUUUCAUCCAGUCCUGUCCCCCAGCCCUGCAGAUAGACAUCCCCCCAGAGCAGGCAACACACAUCCUGGAGAGGAGGGGGGAGAUGGGACCAUACGUCUUCAGAGAGGCUCAGAUGUGUGUGUUCAGUGAGCUACUGAAGCUGUGGCCAGAGUUCCUGUCGUUCAGCAGCGGUGUGCAGGAGGAGGAGGUGUUGCCGCUGUUGCAGAACAGCGUGAACAAACAGAGUGCUAAACUGCAGCGUCGCAGGAGGAGCGAGGAGGAAAAGGAAGUGGAGAGGAGAGCCCAGGAGGAAGUGGAGAGGUUUCCAGAGGAGCAUGAGGAGAAACACAAAGGACUACAGGAGAGCAGAGAGCUGCUUUACCCUAGUCAACAGUUGUCUUGGUCCUAUUCUAAAUACAUGGUCGCCCUGGAGAGAGAGGAGGUGCUGCUGAGGAGACAGGAAGUCACCUCCUCCACUGGGACAGACUCAUCCUCUGCCCACAGUCUGAAGUCAAAGGGCAGCAGACACUCCCGACAGAGUCAACACCCUAUCUAUCACCAGGCCCAGCAGAGUUCUAUCGUCUCCCCCAGGACAGAGCCAACACCAGACCCAGCUGAGCUCUAACGUCUCCCCCAGGACAGAGCCAACACCAGGCCCAACAGAGCUCUAACGUCUCCCCCAGGACAGAGCCAACACCAGGCCCAGCUGAGCUCUAACGUCUCCCCCAGGACAGAGCCAACACCAGGCCCAACAGAGCUCUAACGUCUCCCCCAGGACAGAGCCAACACCAGGCCCUAACGUCUCCCCCAGGACAGAGCCAACACCAGGCCCAGCAGAGCUCUAUCGUCUCCCCCAGGACAGAGCCAACACCAGGCCCAACAGAGCUCUAAUGUCUCCCCCAGGACAGAGCCAACACCAGACCCAGCAGAGCUCUAUCGUCUCCCCCAGGACAGAGCCAACACCAGACCCAGCAGAGUUCUAACGUCUCCCCCAGGACAGAGCCAACACCAGACCCAGCAGAGUUCUAUCGUCUCCCCCAGGACAGAGUCAACACCAGACCCAGCAGAGGACAGAGCCAACACCAGACCCAGCAGAGGACAGAGCCAACACCAGGCCCAACAGAGCUCUAUCGUCUCCCCCAGGACAGAGCCAACACCAGGCCCAACAGAGCUCUAACGUCUCCCCCAGGACAGAGCCAACACCAGGCCCAGCAGAGUUCUAUCGUCUCCCCCAGGACAGAGCCAACACCAGACCCAGCUGAGCUCUAACGUCUCCCCCAGGACAGAGCCAACACCAGGCCCAACAGAGCUCUAACGUCUCCCCCAGGACAGAGCCAACACCAGGCCCAGCAGAGCUCUAUCGUCUCCCCCAGGACAGAGCCAGCACCAGGCCCAGCAGAGCUCUAACGUCUCCCCCAGGACAGAGCCAACACCAGGCCCAACAGAGCUCUAUCGUCUCCCCCAGGACAGAGCCAACACCAGGCCCAACAGAGCUCUAACGUCUCCCCCAGGACAGAGCCAACACCAGGCCCAACAGAGCUCUAUCGUCUCCCCCAGGACAGAGCCAACACCAGACCCAGCAGAGUUCUAUCGUCUCCCCCAGGACAGAGCCAACACCAGACCCAGCAGAGUUCUAUCGUCUCCCCCAGGACAGAGCCAACACCAGACCCAGCAGAGUUCUAUCGUCUCCCCCAGGACAGAGCCAACACCAGACCCAGCAGAGCUCUAUCGUCUCCCCCAGGACAGAGCCAACACCAGACCCAGCAGAGCUCUAUCGUCUCCCCCAGGACAGAGCCAACACCAGACCCAGCAGAGUUCUAUCGUCUCCCCCAGGACAGAGUCAACACCAGACCCAACAGAGCUCUAACGUCUCCCCCAGGACAGAGCCAACACCAGACCCAGCAGAGCUCUAUCGUCUCCCCCAGGACAGAGUCAACACCAGACCCAGCAGAGCUCUAUCGUCUCCCCCAGGACUGACAAUGGGCUUGUUUGAGUGGUAAGCCUGAAGCAAAGCGUCUGCAGACGAUCGUGGAGAAAUGAACUCUGGGAAUCUGUUUCAGCGUUAAGUCUGAUACUGAUGUGGCUUUCCUACAUGGCAGUGGUGACAGUUUUCAGAAAAGUUGUUUGUUUGUACAAAUAAAUGUAAAUGAAUUAAAUGUAAUUUAAAAAAAGUCUCUAAGCCCAUAUCACUGUAAAUGUCUAUAUCCAUAUCACUGUAAAUGUGUGUAGCCUACAUUUGUACUGUGAACUGGGGAGAGAGAGACUCAAAUAUCACAUUUGGGGUGGCAGGGUAGCCUAGUGGGUAGAGCGUUGGGAUAGUAACCGGAAGGUUGCAAGUUCAAAUCCCCCGAGCUGACAAGGUACAAAUCUGUCGUUCUGCCCCUGAACAAGGCAGUUAACCCCACUGUUCCUAGGCCGUCAUUGAAAAUAAGAAUUUGUUCUUAACUGACUUGCAUCGUUAAAUAAAGGUACAAU